AUGCUUUCCACCGGCUUCGCAGAUGCUCCCGUCUCUCGCAGCCUUGCGUACGGCAUCGUUGCUGCAUCCAUCCUCGCAAGCAUCACAGAUUCGAAGCAUUACUUCUAUAUCCAAGUCGAUCCACACCUGUGGAAGUACUACCAAGUAUGGCGGAUAUUCACAUAUCAGCUGUGCUACACAAACUCAACCGAAGUCCUCUUCGCCGCCAUGACAGUAUACAAUAUGCGAGUGAUUGAACGGUUAUGGGGGUCCCGUAAAUACGCUUCUUUCAUCCUUCUGUCCUUUUGCUUCGCUGCAAUCGUCCCACCUAUUCUACUCGCCCUUGUUCUUCGACCCCUCUCCUUCAACACCUUCAAUUACCUUCCUGCAGGCCCGACACCCGUUAUAUUCGCUAUAUUAGCACAGUAUUAUGCAGUCAUACCUCACGUCUACAAGUACCGCAUCGCAGCAUCAGCAGCACCUCCUACCAACGAGCCAUUUGUCGGCCUUACCUUCUCAGACAAAUCUUAUGUCUACCUACCUGCGGUCCAACUAGCUCUAUCCCAGUUUCCGGGCUCCUUAUUAUGUGCGUUUGUGGGCUGGGUAGUGGGACACUCGUGGCGGAAUGAAGUCUUGCCAGUUUCGAUGAUGCGAUGGCGUGUACCCGGGUGGCUGGUAGGAAUUGCUCCUCGAAAGAGAGGAGAAGAUUUUGAGGCAAUGAGACGAAGACUGGAGGGAGAGAACACAAAUUCAGCCAUCGCGACGGGGGCAGAU